GAGCACAAACUUCCCACACCUCACCUUAUUCUCUUAAAUCACAAUGGCCAUCUCUCCAAUUUUAUUGGUGACUUUCUUUUCUCUCAUUUAUGGAAAUUAUGUUAUUCCAAUUGAAGCUACUCAUCAUGUUUAUACAACUCUUGAUGAGAGUUUAUCUUCUGAAUAUUCCUCAAAUCAACCUUAUAGAACUGCCUAUCACUUUCAACCUCUCAAAAAUUGGAUUAAUGACCCCAAUGGACCAAUGAGAUAUGGAGGACUAUAUCAUCUAUUUUACCAAUACAAUCCAAAAGGUGCUGUUUGGGGAAACAUUGUGUGGGCCCAUUCAGUAUCAAAAGAUCUUGUGAAUUGGACACCAUUGGAUCAUGCCAUCCACCCAUCUCAACCAUCAGAUAUCAAUGGUUGUUGGUCAGGCUCAGCCACUUUACUUCCUGGUGGCAAACCAGUAAUUUUAUACACAGGAAUUGAUCCAAAUAAUCACCAAGUUCAAAAUUUAGCCAUACCCAAAAACAUUUCUGACCCAUUACUUAGGGAAUGGAAAAAAUCACCAAAAAAUCCAUUAAUGCAACCUACUUUUUCUAAUAAAAUUAAUUCAAGUUCAUUUAGAGAUCCAACCACUGCUUGGUUAGGAAAAGAUGGGUUUUGGAGGGUAUUAAUUGGAAGUAAAAUAAAUACUAAGGGAAUGGCAAUUUUGUACAAAAGUAAAAAUUUUGUUAAUUGGGUUGAAGCCAAACACCCUUUACAUUCAGCUGAAGGAACAGGAAUGUGGGAGUGUCCUGAUUUUUAUCCAGUGUUGAAUCAAAAUAAAUUAACAAUUGGUGUUGAUACUUCUGUGAAUGGUGAUUAUGUUAAGCAUGUGCUUAAGGUUAGUUUGGAUGAUACAAAACAUGAUCAUUAUUUGAUUGGAACUUAUGAUGCUGUUAAGGAUAUUUUUGUUCCUGAUAAUCAUGGUUUGGAGGGUAACCACCAAUACUUUGAGUUGAGAUAUGAUUAUGGAAAAUAUUAUGCAUCAAAAACUUUUUUUGAUGAUGGGAAGAAUAGAAGGGUCUUGUUGGGUUGGGUUAAUGAAUCCUCAAGUGUUGCUGAUGAUGUCAAGAAAGGAUGGUCUGGAAUCCAUACUAUUCCAAGGGCUAUCUGGCUUCAUAAAUCAGGGAAACAGUUGGUGCAAUGGCCGGUGAAGGAAAUUGAAAAUCUACGUAUGAAUCCAGUCAAUUGGCCCACCAAGGUUAUCAAAGGAGGUGAACUAAUUCCAAUUACUGGUGUUAAUCCAGUACAGGCUGAUGUUGAAAUUUCAUUUGAAGUGAAUGAUGUUGGAAAGGCUGAAAUAUUGGACCAUAUGAUAGAUCCCCAAAUUCUGUGUAGUCAAAAGGGUGCAGCCGUAAAAGGGAGGGUAGGACCAUUUGGUCUGCUAGUAGUUGCUUCUAAAGGUUUACAAGAGUAUACAGCAGUGUUUUUUAGAAUAUUCAGAUAUCAACAUAAAAAUUUGGUUCUCAUGUGCAGCGACCAAAGCAGGUCAUCUUUGAAUAAAGAGAAUGAUAUGACUACAUAUGGGACUUUUGUGGACGUGGACCCACUUCAUGAGAAGCUAUCACUAAGAAGUUUGAUUGAUCAUUCUGUGGUGGAGAGUUUUGGUGGAGAAGGAAGGGCUUGCAUCACAGCCAGAGUUUAUCCCACAUUAGCAAUUCAUGAUAAGGCUAUGUUAUACGCUUUCAAUAAUGGAACUUCCGCUGUUAAGAUCACAAGAUUGAAUGCUUGGAGCAUGAAGAAAGCAAAAAUCAACUGAACCAAGAAGUCAUUCUAGUUAAAGAGGAGAGUGAUAGAGUAUUCAUGAUAAUUUAUAUUGGCACCUCAAGUUUCAUUGAUGUAAACAAUAGUCUGUUUUGUUUUAUAUACAACAUUUGAUAUGACAUGUAAGAAAUCAAAGUUUUGUAAACAUUAAUAAACAUAGUCAGGAAGGUUGUCAACUUAUUUGGUCA